CGGGGCGAUGUCCCGCUACGUGGACUUCCUUUCUUUUUCGCAUUGCGCAGGUUUCGUGUUCUGUCUGGUUCACUCCCCUGGUCAUUCUCCUGCAUCUUCUGUCGCUCUGGUGGUUGUCUCUGGGAGGGACUCAGACAGUCCCAGGAGACCUGGAAAUGGACUCAUUGGCCUUUGAGGAUGUGGCUGUAAACUUUACCCUGGAUGAGUGGGUUUUACUGGAUUCCUCACAGAGGAAACUCUACAGAGAUGUGAUGCGGGAAAACUUCAGGAAUGUAGUCUCAGUAGAAGCAAAACAGGAAGAUCAGGACAUUGACGAUCAGGACAAAAACCAGGAGAGAAAAUUACGAAAUCCCAAGGCAGAGAGACACUCUGAAAAGAAAGACAUUAAUUCCUCUGAAGAAAGCUUCAACCUUAUUCCAACUCCCAAUGUGAAGAGAACUCGUGAUAUAAAACCAUGGGAAUGCAGAGCAUGUGGGAAAGUCUUCAUGUAUCAUUCAUCCCUUACUAGACACAUGAAAUGUCACAUUGAAAACAGAUCAGGAGAUCGCCGAAAGUACCGUGAGAAGGACUCACUGGUCUUUGAGGAUGUGGCUGUGAACUUCACCUGGGAGGAGUAGGUUUCACUGGAUUCCUCACAGAGGAAACUCUACAGAGAUGUGAUGUUGGAAAACUUCAGAAACAUUGUCUCAGUAGAAGUCCUUUGAUAGAAAAAAGUCUCUGAAAAGAAAGAUUAAUUCCUGUGGAGAAAGCUUCAAACUUAUUCUAAUUCCCAAUGUAAAGACAACUCUUGAUUUGAAACCAUGGGAAUGAAGAGCAUGUGGGAAAGUCUUCAUGUAUUAUUCAUCUCUUACUAGACACAUGAAAUAUCAUGCUGCAAACAGACCAGGAGAGCAUCAAAAGUACCAUGAGAAGGUAUAUAAAUGUCAAGAAUGUGGGUUAGCAUUCAUUCAUCCUAGUUCUCUUAAAACACAUGAAAUGAGACAUGCAGGGGAGAAAACCUAUGAAUGUCAGAAAUGUGAGAAAGUAUUCAUUUAUUCCAGUCAUCUUCAGAUGCAUGAAAGCACUCAUAAGGGACAUAAACCCUAUCAAUGUAAACAAAAUAGAAAAAGCUUUGAAAGUCUUGAAACCGUUGAAAUACCCGAAAGAAUUCACAGAGGAGAGAAACCCUAUGAAUGUAAACAGUGUGGUAAAGCUUUCAAACAUUUCAGGUCCUUCCAGGGACAGAAAAGACAUCACACAGGAGAGACAGCGUAUGUAUGUAAAACAUGUUCUAAAGUAUUCAGUAAUGCCUGGUCUCUUAGAGAUCAUGAAAGAAUUCACACUGGAGAAAAACCCUGCAAGUGUAGGAAUGUGGGAAAGCCUUCACACUGAAACAAACCCGUAAGCAACACAUGAUAACACACACUGGAGAUGGACCUUAUAAAUGUAAAGAAUGUAAGAGAGUUUUCAUUGAUCGCAGUUUUCUUAAAAUACAUGAAAGAGUCACACCAGAGAGAAACCCUAUGAAUGUGAACAGUGUGGAAAAGUCUUUUGAUAUCAAAAAUCCUUCCAACAACACAAAAGAAUGCACAUAGGUGAGAAACCCUAUGAAUGUAAAGAAUGUGGGAAAACCUUCACUUGACAUAUACCUUCAAAAGUACAUGGUAACGCACACUGGAGAUUUACCUCAUAAAUGUCAGAAAUGUGAGAAAGCAUUCCUUUAUCCCAGUUUUCUUUGAAUAUGUGAAAGGAGUUACACUGGAGAGAAACCGUAUGAAUGUAAAAAAUGUGGGAAAACCUUCCUGUGGAAUUUAGGUUUUUGAAAACAUGGUAACACACUCUGGAGAUUUACCGUAUAAAUGUCAGAAAUGUGAGAAAGCAUUUUUUUUAUCCCAGUCAUCUUUGAAUGCAUGAAAGCAUUCACAAUGGAGAGAAGCCCUAUCAAUGUAAACAAUGUGGAAAAACCUUUAAAUGUCCUAAAAGUGUCCAAAUACAUGAAACAAUUCACAGAGCUGAUACAUGCUAUGAAUGUAAGCGAUGUGGUAAAGCCUUCAAUUAUUUCAAUGACUUCCAGGUCCACAAAAGUCAUCACACAGGAGAGACACAAUAUGUAUGUAAAACAUGUUCUAAAGUAUUGAGUAAUGUAUUUUAUAUAAAAAAUAAUAAAGUAUUGAGUAGUG